CUCUCAGCAGCGGCGGAGCAGAGCGGCCAUGGCGCGAGCGCGGCGCACGCUGGGAGCGGCGGGGCGGGGCCACAGCGCCCCCUGGCGGCCGGGAGGAGUCGGGGCGGGGCGGCGCGGCGCGACGGCGCGGCGGUGCGACAGAGCGGGGCUGCGACAGCGCGACAGCGCUACAGCCUGAGCCGCGACAGUGCGACAGUGUGACAGUGCAUAUUUGCAGUAGACUGAGUUGCAACAGCGCGACACCGUGCCAGUGUGACAGCCUGAGCUGCGACAGUGCGACACUGCAACAGUGAGCUGCAACAGUGAGACAGCAUAGCAGUGCAAUGCUGCGGCAGCCUGAGCUGGAAUAGUGCAGCUGUGUGACAGAGCAACAGUGCAACAGUGUGAGCUGCAGCAGAGCUACCGUGCAGCAAUGCAGCGCUGCAGCAGUCUGCGCUGCAACGGUGAGGCAGUGCAACAGCACAAUAGUGUGCAAUGCAACACUGCAGCACUGCAACAACGCAGUAGUGAAACAGCCUGUUCUGUAACAGUGCAACACUGCAAGAGUGCAAGAGCCGCCACUACAACUGCGCAACAGUGCAACAGCACAACUGUCUGCAAGAGCUCAUGUUGCAACAGUGCAACGCUGCAGCAGCGCAAACAUCUGGUGCUGCAACCGUGCAUCCAGCAGUGCUGUAUGUAGCACUGCAACACACAGCAUCACAUCACUGCUGCAACACUGCAACACCACAACGCUCAGUGCAUGCAGCGCAGCGACGCUGAACCUGCGGCACUCCGUUCUGCAACCAUGCACCCAGCAUUGCAGCUCUGUGCCCAGUACUGCAACACUGCUCUCGCUUUGCCCACUGCACUGCUCUGACAUCAUCUCACAUUGCUCUGACGUCAUCACACACUGCCGGGAUGUCUUCACACGGCACUGCUGUGGUGUCAUUCCACACUGCUGGGUCACCACACACCGUUCUGACGUCAUCCUACAUGGCUGUGAUGCAAACCCGCACCACUCUGAUGUCAUUCCGCACCGCUCCGAUGUCACUGCGCACUGCUGAUGUCAUCCCACGCCACUACAGUGUGACCUCACAUCGCCGUGACGUCACCUCACAUCAUCCCACACUGAGGACGUCACCCACACCGGUCCAAUGGCAUCCCACACCACUCUGAUGUCAUCCCACAUCAUUGUCAUGCCACCUCUGACGUCAUCGCACAUCACCUCGCGCGCGCUCUCCCGCCCGGCCGCCCGCUGGCCCCCCCAGGGCCUUCUCCGCCUCUGAUUGGCCGCCCCGCAGCCAAUCCGCGCGCGGAGCCCGACGGCGGUGGCCCAAUGGGGUGGGAGGAGAGGAGCGGGGUGGGGCGGGGCUAAGCGCGCGCUCCCGGCGGCGGCAGCGGGGCCGCGCGGGGCGGCGGAGUGCGGUGCGGUGCGGUGCGGUGCGGUGCGGUGCGGUGCGGUGCGGGCGCGGCCCCAUGAAGGAGGAGCGCGAGCAGCUGGGCACCCUCGGGCGAUGGCUGGAGGAGAAGGAUGGGCAGAGGGAGGAACACAGCGCUGUGCCGCCGUGGGAGCAGCGCUGCGGCGGCCCCGGGCCGGGCCCCGGCGCGGGCGAUGCGGGGCUGAGCCCCACCGAGAGUGCCGGGGCCGGGCUGGGGCCGGAGUGCUCCGAGUGCGGCCUCGGUGCCGCGCAGAGGGCUGGGGCAGGGCUGCGGCCUAGUGCGGGGCUGCGGCCUGCUGGGGGGCUGCGGCCUGCUGGGGGGCUGCGGCCCGGCACGGCUGGGAGCUGCCCCUCUCUGUGCAGUGCCUGCGGCCGAGGCCUGGCCCUGGAGCCCUCGGCACCCCGCAAGGAGCGCAAGGAGCUGUCGCUGACGGAGAAGGUGCGCGUGCUGGAGAUGCUGGAAGGCCCCAAGGUGUCCCAGAGCGAGCUGGCCAAGCGCUUCGGUGUGUCGCAGCCGCAGAUCUGCCGCAUCAUUAAGAACAAGGAGAGGAUCCUGAGCGAGUGGCGGCGCAACGGCAACCCCGAGCGCAAGCGCAAGAGGGAAGGCAAGGAGGGAGCGGUGGAGGCCGCUCUGCUGCGUUGGGUGGAGGGCGCCCGCGCUGCCGAGCUGCCCGUCAGCAGCACGCUGCUGCAGCUGAAGGCCAAGCACGUGUCCGAGGCGCUGGGCAUGCCGGGCUUCGAGCCUAGCGGCAGCUGGCUGGCACGCUUCAGGCUGCGCCAUAACGUCGCCCUCGAGAAGCCGGCGCAGGACGGUGGGGCUGAGCACCAGAGCUCACUGCCCGAGCUGCUGCGCAGCUACGCGCCCUCGGAGGUGUACAGCUGCGGGGAGACUGAGGUGCAGCUGAGAGCCGACGGCGAGAGGCUGACGCUGCUGCUCUGCACCAACGCUGACGGCUCGGAGAAGGCGGCGCUGCGGGCGGUGGGACGCGGCGCCCAUCCCCGCUGCCUGCACAGCGUCAACCUGCGGCACAUGCCCUGGAGUUACCGCGGUGGCAGCCGCCUGAGCGCCGCGCUGUUUGCCGAGUGGCUGCGGGACUUCAAUGAGGAGAUGCGGCGCAAGGGGAAGAGCGUCCUGCUGCUCGUCGAGGAGCGCGAGGAGCACCCCUACCUCGAGCUGUCCAACGUCCGGAUGGUUUUCACGCCGCCUGCGGCCGUGCUGGCACAGCCCCUGCACCGUGGCAUCGCCAGGGACCUGAAGGGCCACUACCGGCGCCGGCUGCUGACCCAACUCCCAGCGGCGCAGAGCUCGGAGCCACCCACCCUGCUGGACGCCCUGCACAUGCUGGCACAAGCGUGGGGUGACGUGCGCCCGGGGCUCAUCACCAGCUGCUUCCGUGCCGCCAGCUUCAGCCCCAAUAGCAGCCCUGACGCGCCGCUGGCACCCGUCUGGCUUGGCCGGGAGCAGCUGGAGAGCUUUGGGUUGAUGGAUGAGGGGCUGGAGCGCCUUGCAGACGUUGACACGGCCGAGGCAGAGGACUGGGAGAGGGCUGUGGAGGAGGGUGAGGACUCUGGGGAACCGGUGGCGGUGCGGCCGUGCCCCUCAGAGCCUGAGGUGUGGGACAGCCUGGCCACGCUGCGACGGUUCCUGGAGUGCCGGGCCACCUCGCCGGACCUCUUGCAGGUGUUCUAUGCGCUGCAGGAUGCUGUACACGCGGUGUCAACCGGUGCAGAGCCAGCGCUGCUCAGGGACAGCCGGCCCAAGCAGUGAGUGGGGUGGUGGCACCACUGGGUGUCCCAUCAGGAGCAGAGCUUCUGCCAGCAGCAGCCAUUGCCGCUGUGGAGCUGCACUGCGUAUGAGGGAGGGAGGGGGGCAGGGGAUGAUGCCACCGUGCUCGCUGGGCCCAGCAAAGAAUCAGGGAGCUCCAGAGGUUGGCAACGGGCACAUUAAAACUGUGCAAGUCAGCAAAGCA